AUCCAACGUCACUUCCUCUCGUUUAAAAACCCUCGAGGCAUCAGUAUUAGAGUUGCCCUGAGGUAAAUAAGUGAAAGAGAUGAUUCUUGGUCCCCCUCACGAACCUUUACACUCCUAGACGAGACAAAAGGGACUUUUGGAAGACGCCCCUGAAGGUGAAGGGGGUUUGGUUGGGAUGGCGGAGUCGAACAGCGCGAGUUUCUCUCACGCGACCCAGAACGGGUCCAGUCGCCACGAGAAGAGUUUGGGUCUCCUCACAGUCAAGUUCGUCACUCUGCUACAGGAGGCCAAAGACGGGGUGCUCGACCUAAAAGUGGCUGCAGACAGUUUGGCAGUCAAACAGAAAAGAAGGAUCUAUGAUAUUACCAAUGUUCUGGAAGGAGUUGGGCUCAUUGAAAAAAAGACAAAAAACACCAUUCAGUGGAAGGGAGAGAGUUCAGGAUGCCAGCCUCAGGAAGUUCUGGAGCAAGUGGAACUUCUCAAGGCAAAUAUUGCUGAACUGGAAGUUCAAGAGAGAGAGCUGGACAUGCAGAAAGCGUGUCUGCAACAGAGCAUCAAACAUCUGAAUGAAGACCCCUCGAGUUGCAGAUACAGCUAUGUGACACAUGAGGACAUAUGUGAUGCGUUCAGUGGAGACACUCUUUUAGCUGUUAUGGCACCAUCAGGGACACAGCUGGAGGUCCCGGUACCUGAGAUGGGCCACAAUGGUCAGAAGAAAUACCAGGUGAACUUGAGAAGUCACUUGGCUCCCAUCCAGGUGAUGCUGAUAAACAGAGAGUCGAGCUGCUCCAAGCCCGUGGUCGUCUCUGUUCCUCCUUUAGAUGACAUCUCUGCCAUGCCAACUCCUCCUAGUACUCCAGCGGGUUUGCAGAGGUUCCCAAUCUCCUCAGCAGAGCUCUGUGAUCUAAAGCGCAGUCAGCUCAAAAGCCCUGCAGGGGAGCACCAGCUCACACCGUCCUCCACGCCGCCUGAUGUGCAUAUGGAUUGCAACCCAGAGACCCCUGCUAGUCAGUGUUUGUUGAUGCAGGAGUCUUUAGGUGAUGCUGAAGCUGUUGAACAACAUCAACGGGAAAUGGGGGGUCAGGAUCUACAGUCCAUGCUGGACGAAAUGAGGGAGGAGAGAGAGGGUGUUUCUGACCUCAUAGAUGAAUUAAUGUCAUCAGACGUUUUCCCCCUGUUAAAACUUUCACCCAACCAUGGUGUGGAUUACAACUUCAACCUUGAUGACAACGAGGGAGUCUGUGACCUUUUUGAUGUGCAGAUUCUUAAUUAUUAAGGCAUGAUACAUGCAACACUGGCCCACACUUGCUUUCAUAGGACAAAAGCGGUGCUAAUAAGUCUUCCCCAACUGCCAACGGCUGCAUUCCUGCCUCAGUGCUUGCUCCCUGAACCUUGCACUCAGUUUCACAUUAGUUCACGUUUUAUCUUUGGAUUUCAUCUUUCCCUUGGGUUUGCAAGUCUUUAACAGUGUUUACCGAUCUGCCGGUCUCUCCGGCGGGAAGAGAAGGAAAAAUUUACCACUGGCCAAAACGCUCGACUUUGGGAACAUGCACCUUGCGUGUCCAUUGCCAUUUUGUUUGUCCCAACCAUUUUUUGUUUCAGUUUUGUGGUUUCCCUUAUUGUUCCUGAGGAGUGAUGGCUUUCGUUAAGGUGAAUUUAAAGCUGCUUGAAUGUAGUUUGAUGAAUCAAAACCACCCAAACUUGAUACACAUACUGUAGGUUUUUACUGUACGCUUGUUGGAACAUGUGCCUUAACACCCUGCUUGUUCAGCUUGUCCUUACUGUGCCACCCUGACUUAUUUUUUAGGAUAUUUAUAAACAGUUCUAACUUGUUGUCAUUGCAUAUUAUAGGCAGGAGCACUACAGUGUGCCAUGAAGAUGUGUAAUAUAAUUUAAAAGUACACGCAAAAUAUUUUUUGCAAGAUUUCAAUUGAGUAGCAUGAUUAUAUGUGUCUAAUUAUUUCAUUAUUACACUAAUUACUUGUAUGAAGAUUGUUAGUUUUGUUAAUUUUGUUUUGUUGUCACUAUAAAGCUCCACCAGACAUAA